AUGUCCAGACCACAGAGGGUAUCCACUAGCAAGACAGGAGGCCGCAAAAAUAUGAUCUCCUGGGAGGAUGUCGAACUCGACGGCAGUGAUGAGGGAUUCAGCGACGCAGAGGACGACAGCAACGAUGAAUUUGGAAGCGAUCAGAUAUACAUGAGUGACAACGAGAACCGCCAAGACGACUCGGACGACGAUGCAAUCUCCUUGACCGGUGUUCCAGAGGAGCCGCUGGAGACUAUCGGCAUCAUGGAUGAUGCAGAAGAUAUGGAGCUAGAACUAGAAGGCGACUUCAAUCGCAACUUUGCAUCCAAGCUUGGAGGCCCAAACGCUGCUGAAAGAGCAUGGGCAUUCAACUUUCAAGAAGAGUUUAAAGAUGAUGUUCGUCAAGCUUCAGGAAAACCUGGACAAUCAACUGGACCCAAGCUCAGUGCAGAAGCCCAAACCACGUUUGGUGACGCCAACUUUGCGUUUGUAUCCGGCCAGACGCAAGAGGCCGUUCAACUCUUUCAAGAAGUCAUUCGUAUGGAACCAAGACAUAGACCCUCGUGGUCAGCUCUUGCGUCUUGCUACGAACAACUGGGAGAACCCAACAAGGCAUUGCAAGUCGACAUUAUGGGAGCACAUCUCAAGGCAGAUGCAGAGCAUUGGUUUCAACUUGGCCAGAAAUCAAGGGAGAAAGGACUUGCUCAACAAGCUCUAUACUGUUUUCGCAAAGCAUGCAAGAUGAUCGGAAACCCCAUCCAAUCGUAUUGGGAAUAUGCCUCUCUUGCAAAAGAGUUUGGUCAUUUGGAUGAGGCACUCUCAGCGUUGAAGAAGAUACUCAAGAGGCAGCCAAACAAUAUCCCAGUCGUCGAUGAAAUUCUUUCCAUUACCUCACAGCUUCGCGACUUUGAGGUGGCUGCAGAGGUACUCCAGGGAACGUUUGAUCACUAUCGCCAGGCGUAUCCCAAAGGACCUCCCGAUACGAGCGACUCCAACGGUGAAAACACCACGGCAUCGUUUCACGAUUUCCACGUCGUCGCCCUGGCAGACGCACUCAUAGCCUUGGGUCGCUACGAACAAGCAAUCAAAGUCAUUCGUAGCGGUGCGAGAUGGCUUCAAGGUCGAGGCCACGAAACACAUCUCGAUGUCAUCCCAGAUGAUCGCGAAUUUGACAAGGACGGUAUCACUCGCGUCAACGAGGACGAUGAAGACGGAGAAGGAGCUUAUAAGCCACUCUCUUACCAUCUCGAUGUCAACCUUCGCCACCGUCUGGCUCGAGCAAGGAUCAAGAGUGGUGACAUUAAAGAGGGUCGGAUCCACGCUGAAAUCGUGCUCAAGGAGGAUAUCCAGUAUUUUGUGGAGCUCUUUGGUGAACUCGCCGAUGCGUUUGUGGAAAAGGCUGCGUAUGAGGAUGCGAUACCGAUUUACGAGAGAAUCAUCAAUGGACCCUCUGGUCUCUCGGUCGCGACUGUGACAAACGUCGGCGUGUGCUAUCAAAUGCUGGGGAGACUGGACGACGCCGAAAAUAUGUAUGGACUAGGCACGUUGAAUUUUCAUAUUGUUUUCCCAGCUAACGCUCUGGCAGUAUUGGAGCACGAUCCAACCAACAAGGCUGCAAAACUAAAGCUUGCCGAAGUAUACGAAGCACAAAAGGAGCCCCAGAAGGCGCUUGCUCUCGUCUACGAAGUCAUUGACGCCCGCAAGAAGGGUGAGCAGAAUGAAGAAGAGGCAGACAAGUCCAGCCGUGUAAUUGAACAAUCCGCAUUAAUCAGCGCAUCAAAGGACGUCAAACGACCGCGAAAGAAGAAAGCACCCGGGGCCGAGCCAGUUCGCAGGCUCACGCGGGUCGAAAUUCAGCAACGCGAAAAGGCCAAGACUACCGAGAUACAGCAUACGUAUGAGAGAAUCAAGGAACUCGGCGAUGUCUUUGAUGGGAAGAACGAUGUAGCGCUCUCUACGUGGCUUGCCCUGGCUGGGACACUAGUGGAUGACUUUCGCGAGGCCAGAGAGCUUUAUCCAGCCGAUAGGUAUGCUGUACGGACCAAAGCUAGUCGUUUCAAGGGUCUGGAGGCACAGGAAGAGUCGAUGGCAUCCAGGUUGGAAGCGGAGAUAGAAUCCGUUACCGAAAGACCCAAGCAAAAAUAUCGCAACAUACGUCCCACCUCGUAUCGCAAUCUCUCCUUCCAGGUUUGGGUCGAGAUUAUCGUCAAGGCGAGUAAUUUGGAUAUCAUUUAUAGUCUUGCGAUAGCCUCUCGUGGCCAGGCGGAGUACGCAUUGGAAAUACUCAAGCACGUGUCGACAUCGUACAUCUUCACACUCAAACUGGAUCCAGUGGCCCGGUUUUCUCUCUUGAUUGCCCAGCUCGCAAUCACCGUUCACACGCGAAACCAUGAGGAAAUGGUUUUAGUUGCACGGGCUUUGAUGACGGAUUUCCAAUUCAACAAUGAACCUAUGCGCAUCUUUUUGGCGUGCCUUCCUCCUGGGUUACGAGGAACCGACGCGUUCAUCGAGCGAAAUCUAUCUAAAUGGAUCCUUCGAAUGAACCGUAUCUGGGACAUGGCCAUUUCCACGAGACGAGCGCAGCAGCGGCAAGGCUCAAGUGAUGAAGACAUGGAGGGUGGCCCGAAUGAGGACACGAACAAGGGAGAAGUACAACUGAAAUGGAGCGUGAGACGCGGAGGAUGGACGGCCAUCCGUGGUCCAAAGGAUCCUGAAGACGAUGGGGAGGACGAGUCGGACAAUUCCGAAGAGGCGACGACACGAGAACCAACCAAGCUUCCUACGAAACGUUCACCCAUCGCUUGGUAUAUCCAGGGCUCGAUGCUCAAUGCAUCGAAGCACAACCAUGGCGCACUGUAUUACAUGUUUGAGGCCCAUGCGCUCGCGCCCCAGGACCCACUUAUCUGCCUCGGGCUUGCCGUAAGCAUUCUCGGACGAUCACAAGGGAGGAGAGCGGACAAUCGACAACAGCUCAUUGUUCAGGCGGCGGCAUAUUUGGAGGAGUACAGGAAGAACAAGGGACUGGAUAACCUCGCGACACAAGAGGUCGAAUACAACUUUGGUCGCUUCUUCCAUCAACUGAAUUUGGGGGCCUUUGCCGCGCAUCACUAUAAUCGUGUGCUCGACUUGGCAGAAGAGUGGCAAUUGACACAUCCGGAUGAUCCAGGGUUUGGGCCCGAAGCCGCUUUUAACUUAUCACUACUCUAUGUGCUCUCAGGCGCACCUGCGCUUGCGAAGCAAUUGUACGAACGAUGGCUAUCCAUCUGA